AUGCCCUACCCUGGACCUACCCACCCCACUGUGCUGGCCAGUUGCACUAUUCCCACCACUGAGGACGCAGGCACCUGGAAGGCCACAGGGAGAGGGAAAGUAGCAGCCUCUGAGCCAAAAUUCCUCGGUGCGCCCGUGUCGCAGAUGCUGGCGCAGCCACAGCGGUUUUUGUUCAUUUUGGACGGCGUCGACCACUUGCCCACACCGGGGCCUUCAACACGCACCACAGCCUCUAGAAAGCUGCACCGCAGCCUGUGCGUGUCCCAGUGCGCCAAGGUGCGCGGCCCUUCCAACAAGGACAAGAAGUACUUCUAUAAGUUCUUUUGAGAGGAGCGCAGGGUCAAGCGCGCCUAUCGAUUUGUGAAAGAGAACAAGACGCUGUUUGCCCUGUGCUUCGUGCCGGUCGUGUGCUGGAUCGUGUGCACUGUACUGCGCCGGCAGCUGGAGCUGGGCCGGGACCUGGCACGCAUUUCCAAGACCAUCACUUCAGUGUACCUGCUCUUUCUGGGCAAUGCGCUAAGCUCUUUGGGUGCUGAGGGUCCCCACAUGCGGGAGCAGCUGCACAAGCUGUGCCACCUGACCUGCAACGGGGUCCUAGGAUGCAAGGCACAGUCCUCCGAAAGGUACCUGGAGCACCUGGAACUUCAGGGUUCCGAUGUCCAGCACUUUCUUAUCAAGAAGGAGCUGCCAGGUGUGCUGGGGACUGAGGCGAUCUACCAGUUCAUCUAUCAGAGCUUCCAGAGGUUUUUUGCAGCACUGUCCUACCUGCUGGAGGAUGGGGCAUCUGAGGUCCCAGUGGGCGGCCUGGGGACACUGCUACACAAGGGUAUCAAGGGGCAUAGCCACUUCACGCUCACCACACACUUUUUCUUUGGGCUGCUGAGUGUGGAGCAUGUGCAGAAUGUCUAGCACCACUUCAGCUGUGUGGUCCCAGUGCAGGUGAAGCAGGAUGCCUUGCAAUGGGUUCUGGGGCAGGGCCAUCCCAUGGUAGUAGCACCAGAGGGAACAAAUGGGAUGGAAAAGUUCAAAGAGGAACUCUUGGAGGAGCCAGAGAAGGAGGAAAAAGAGGAGGAAGAAGAACCCAACUUCCCUCUGGAGCAGGGCCUGGCACAUAAGGAUAAGGCCUUUAUGUGCCAGGCCCUGUGCAGCCUCCUUGAGGGGAUAUUGGAGCAUGUGUGCUUCAGCCACAUGGAUCUCAAUGUGAGCUAUUGCAUUCAGUGCUGCCCAGCUAGACAGGAGCUGUGACUGGUCAGCUGCAGCCUGGUGGCUGGGCAGGAGAAAAGAAGGAAGAGGAGCCUGGCAAAGUGUGUUAGCUCGACCCUCAUCACCCGGGACCUAAGUGACUGUCACCUGCCUGGCCCCAUGGUGCCCUGCCUGUAUACAGUCCUGAAACACCCAGGAUACAGCCUUCAGACCUCUGACAUGUACAGUCAUGACUGUAGUCUGGCCUCUGUGGAGCUGAGUGAGCCAUCAGUGAAGGAGCUGAGGGCCGUGAAGACAGCAAAGCCCAGCCUGGCCAUCAUUCACCCAGCACUUGACAGCCACCCUGAUCCUCCUGAGAAAGUCAUUAAUGCCCACUGA